UAUCACGCUCCACUUGUCCACAGGACGAAGGACUGCUGUAACGCGUGUUUACGCUUGUCAGACGCCUCUUCUCCCGUUUUCCUGGUGGUGGUGGUGAAUGAGGGCGGUGUUCUGCUGAAGUCGCGUGCUACAUUAGAUCACCACGUGCGACAGCAUCUCCCAAAAAGAGGGACUGCUACACUGCGACCCUACUUGCCGUUGUCGUGACCAACCGGGUGCCCCUACUCAAAAUGCUCAACACAGCGACCAUGAAGAUGCCUGAGGACCAGUUCCUGAACGUUCUGUCCUACCUGGUCGUGGACUCGGUGUUCGCGAUGUCAUCCACGUGCCGCCAGCUUCACGAGUGGUGCAGUCUGUUCAAGGCGGUCGAUGCCGGCGAGGAGGAACUGCGAAACGCGGACCUGGCGCUGCUAGUCAGGCGCUUCCCAGCCGUGAACGAUCUCACCAUCCGCUCCGCCUCCCGGCUUACGACCGCAUACGAGGUCCUUGCUGAGAUCGGGCCCCAGCUGGUGUCUCUCAAGCUGGCCGGGGCGCGCAUCAUCCGAGACGACACGUUCCGCGACAUGGUGCGCACGUUCGAGAGCAUGAGGUACCUCUCGCUCAACGGCACCUUCUACGUCAAGAGCCAAGCCAUCAACGCCCUCGCCAAAGCUGGUCAGCAGCUGCAAGAGGUCUCACUGUGCGGGUUUCGCCAGCUGAAGGACGAGGACGUGCAGUUCCUGCUGGACUCGUGCCCCUCCCUUUCCGUCCUCUCGGUGGCCGACUGCACCACCCUCGGCUCGCUCGUCCUCCGCUCCACGCAGCUCGAGACCCUCGACGUGUCCCGGUGCAUCCACAUCAGCGAGAUGUCUCUCGAGACACCCGGCCUCACCCGGCUGGACGCUAACUGGUGCACCAAGCUCCCGGAUUGCGCGGUGGAAUCGCUGGUGGGGUCGUGUUUGGCACUCGAGCACCUGGGGCUGAAAGGUUGCUCGGCACUGGUAUCCCCUACCAUUCAGUCGGCUAAGCUCCGGAGCCUGGACCUGUCGCUCUGCGGGAAGCUGACGACGUGCAGCAUAUCGGGCCCGUCGCUGACUACCCUGAAGGUGGCCAUGUGCAUGGGCCUUAACUCUCUCACCCUGGAGCUGCCCGUCAUGAUCUCGUUGGACCUGAGCAUGCUCGGCGUCAAGAACCUGACCCUGAACUGCAACAAGCUCGUCUACGCCAACCUUCGCGGGAGCUACAAGCUGGAGUCCGCGAACAUCCAAAGCAGGUGUCCGGGACUUAGUGUGGUGGACCUCUGCGGCACGAAGAUCAACCCGGAAGCGUUCGUCCGGUCAGACGGGGAGGGGGAAGGGGACGUUAUCCAGGGUGGGGCGCCGUUACCGUGGCACACGUACUGAGGAGGAGUUUUUGAGAUCUUGAGUGGGCAGAACGGGACAGCUGCUUGGCUUUUAAAGUUGCCAUUCUAGAGAUAAAAAUACAGCUGCGGUUCAUGAAGGAGGUUUACGGCUUCAUUUGCAGCCACGAAAGUGUUUCUUUUGCUGGCGGAGUUUUCAAAGAGCUGCUCUCUGUAAGGGGUGUAGCCAACCUAGUACGGUGUUUCCGGGGGUAAGCAACACUGCCUGGUUUUUGGUGCAUGGACGGUAGGAGGAAAGUCAUCGUACGUAAUGGUGCUACCGCCGCCAUGGACGUUGUUUGGCUGUACGGGCGCGGCGUCGACUUCUACCGAACGUUGGGGGUACUAGAUGCUGGGUUUGGUAAGGGGAGUUGGCGAACCAAGCGAGUGAUAAUGCCAAUCCGAUUCACAUCUGGACGAACCGGACACUUGGUUCCUGGCCUGCGCAAGCACAAGAAGCACCAGUACCUGCAGUUUGUUUGUGCUUGGUUGUGUGUUGGUGUCGGACAACAAUGACGAUUGGUCUGCCUGUUAGCUCUCGGCUUGUGUCGCGGUUUUCCAACGUCUCAUACCGAGCCUGAGGAGUAAGCAGCCUGUCCGUAUUUGUGCGCUUGUGUGUAUGUUAAGGAAAAUAACGAUUGCGUGGAGUUUACUGCAAUAAUGCGGUUGGCCUAUGGGGUGAACGAUUUUUGGCUUCGUGGAGACAGCCCCCCGUUUCUUCCUUCAGAGAGAGACAAAUCCCUGGUGGUCGCGUCGGCAGACAGCAAAAGCCAGACGGCGUGGGUGCUCUCGAAGAGUCAGGUGUUGCCUUGAUCGAUGAUGUGACUCUUCAUGCGGCGGGUAGCCGCCAUUCCUUCUGUGUACUUGUAGUCGGGAGAACGAGGGGGAGCCUGUGUUAUGUAUGUGAAACUAGAACAUGGAUGCGUCCUUCCUUGCUUUGCGUCUUAUGUUAACCUUUGUGUAGCGAAAACAGGUGUCGCCGAUGUGUUUUGUGUGUAGAUCGCGUACAGAGCUUGCGCGUAGAGCUUUGUGCUUCCACCGCAGGUCGGAGGAACAGCAAAGUUAGCAAAUGUUGUAAUCGUAGAAGUAGCGAUGGGCUUCACAAGUCAAGGUUGGUUUCUCCCUUCCCGCUCGCCUGUUCCUUGUUUUCAGUGGAUGGGCGUCACGCGGUACCUGUGUGUGCUAUUUCAAAGCCACCUCUGUCGUGCCCGGUACUUGAUGAGAAGUACGUGCGUCCCAGUUGCCCAGGUGAUAACCUCGGAGCCUUCUCAAACGU